GGACGUAGUACACGAAAUUGUAUUGAAAUGUUAAAACACCCUUUUUACCAAUACGGCGCUUUGGAUUUGGAGUUACCAGUGAAUUUGAACUUUAGUGAGUUUAUAUUGAACAAGCUUGUGGAAUAUAAAGAGAAAACUAUUAUCAAUGGAACCACAGAAGAAACCAUCACCUACGGCGAGAUCGCCCAAAAGGCGAUGAAUCUCGCCAUCUCUCUCUCUCGCCUGGGCGUCAGAAAGGGACAGGUUGUGGGAAUAUGCUCUGAGAACAGAACAGAGUUCUGGAGCACCGUUGUGGGCUCCAUAUGUACCGGGGCCUCGUUUACCACAUUCAACAUGAUGUACACGAAACAUGAGCUAACCCAUGUUGCUGGGAUAUCGAAGCCGAAAUGCGUCUUCUUAUCGCCGCUGGCUUACAAAAUGCACGAAAAAACCUUGAAAUCUUUGAAAUAUGUUGAGAAAAUCAUCGUUUUUGGUGACGAAAACCCGGCGGGAACUAUUUCGUACAAUGACUUGGUGUCAGCUCAAAACGUGAAAUACGAGGAAUUCCGAGCCGUCGACGUGGAGGGUCCGGAUGAAACGCUGUUUAUACUGUACUCCUCAGGCACCACCGGUCUCCCAAAAGGUGUCGCUUUGACACAUCGCAACGCGCUCACCUCUAGCAAUUCAAAAGGCAUAGAAACUCCUCAACCACCCAUAUACCUCAUGAUAACCCCCUGGUUUCAUACCAUGGGUCUGAUGGGGUCCCUCCUAUAUCUGGCCAGUGGGAGGAACAUGGUUUAUCUGCCGAAGUUCGAGAUUGAAGUGUACUUGAAAUGCAUUGAAAAGUAUAAGGUGACUCGUCUCUACGUAGUGCCGCCUGUACUGGUGGCAAUAGUGAAAUAUCCCAACAAGUAUAACUUGAGUACAGUCGACCUGAUAUACAGCGGAGCUGCGCCGCUCACGAAAGAGACAGCUGAUGCAGUGAAGGAAAAAUUCCCAAACGUGAAAUCGGUUCUCCAAGGCUACGGUAUGACAGAGACUGCUUUAGCAGUCACUCGGUGCACUGAUGCGGACUCAAAGUCUGGGACAGUGGGAACGGUCGUGCCUGGAGCUAUCAUUAAGGUCAUCGACUUAAAAACCCGGGAGCCCGUAGGAGCCAACCAGUCUGGCGAAAUCUGCGUCAAAGGCGGUAUCGUCAUGAAGGGCUACAUCGGCAAGGACCGGAGAGAAGACUUCGAUGAUGAGGGGUUCUUCAGGACUGGAGACGUGGGCUAUUAUGAUGAGGAUGGGGACUUCUUCAUCGUAGAUCGGUUGAAGGAGCUGAUCAAGUAUAAGGGCUACCAGGUGGCUCCAGCGGAGCUGGAAGCAGUCCUGCUGCAGCACCCAGCAGUACGCGAUGCAGGUGUAGUGGGUAUACCCGACAGUAGCGCUGGAGAGGUGCCUCGCGCUUUCGUUGUGCUCCAACCUGGUGCCACGGCGACUGAUGAAGAGUUACGGAAGUUUGUUGCUGAGAAGCUCUCCAACCCGAAGCAUCUACGGGGUGGUGUGCGAUUUGUUCCAGAAAUACCAAAAAACCCCAGCGGGAAGAUACUGCGCAGAGAGCUACGAAAACUUGCGCGUGCGCAGCAGAGCAAACUGUAAAUGAGUUACAAAUAGAGAUGCCCCAAAUA